AUGGAUGGCGAGUUUUGGAUGGUACGUCUAGUGAAGCCCUGCGGUGGAUAUAGGGCACUCUCUAUGCUUAACAUUGAAAUACAGGUGCGUAAAAGGCGGCUAAGUGAACAAAGCACAUUACAUCAAUGGAAGAGAAGGACAACUCGAAAUAAAUCCUUAUACGGCGGCCUGGCUAGCGCAGUAAUGGUGUCGGGUUUGGGACGCGACACGUUCGUCUCAGCACGCUUGUCUGAGCUCCGGUGCCAGAUUGAAUAUAGUUAUAUCGAAGUGUUGAAGUGUAUGUACAGUAAAGCUACGAUGGUUAUCCGAGUACAGAACCAGAGUACUAAACCCAUCCUAGUGCAGAAAGGUGUAAGACAGGGUGACGUAUCCCUGGAGGAUCUGAAUACUAUGCUCAAUGACCUCAAUGGUGUUUCUCAACAGAAUUUGAAGACGAAGAUCUUGAAUCAGUGCGUAUUGCCAAUGAUGACUUAUGGAAUCGGAAAAUGGUCCUAUACGAUUGCCCGUAUGCAGAAGCUUCAAGUUACUCAGCGGGCUAUGAAGAGGGCUAUAACCGAAGAUAUCCGCAAAGGAAUCAACGUAACCGACAUAGCCCGAAGGAUAAGCAAGUAA